AUGGUGCCAGCAGUGACCCUCUGUGCUGGGCACGGGGUGACAGUGUCUGCUCGGGAGGCUCUGAUGUGGGGAGCCCCCUCUGCAGCCCUGCCCAUCAGCAGGGGGUGUGGGCACUCAGCCCAAGGGCGACAGGCAGCACGAUGCCAUGGGCUGCAAUCCUAUGGGUUUGGGAGUGCUGCCUUGAGCAGGCACAGGUUGUUUGUGCCCUGGCACUCACCUGUGACUCCUGCCCUCCCCAGGUACCCCGAGACACUCCCAUAUUUGCAGCCGCUGCCCCCCAUCAGGGAACAAUGGCACAGCCAAAGGGGCCCGAUGGUCCAUGGCAGUGUCCCCCGUGUGCCUCAGAGCCACGGGGACCAUGCCAGCAGCAGUUUCACAGAGCCACCUACUCAGGAUUCUCUCCGGAGCAAGGCAGCUCUGCAAGGACUUGUGACCCUCCCUGACAAGCCCAGAGUGGCCCAGCUGCUGGGCCGUGGUGGACACACCCUGAGGGGCCGGAAUGACCAGCUUCCUGUGAUGACCAGGGCACAGGGCCCUGCUGCCCCCCGGGAUCAGUGGCCAGGCACAGCCCCCCAGCACAUCUCCAGGGCACCGGGGCUCCUCCCGCCGCUCCAGCCCUGCUGGGCAUCCACAGCUCCCAAAUAG